AUGAAUAGACCUCCAGCGUACAAUCCAUACUCCAACACCUACAAUCCAGGCUGGAGAGAUCAUCCGAACCUGCGUUAUGGAAACACACAGCAGGGUAAUGCUCAUCAACCAUUCGGAGCUAUGCAGCAGAUGCAACAACCUCGUUUCUAUGAGAAACAGCCGCCCCAAGCACCCACAAGCAACUCCAAUCCAUCUUUGGAAGACUUGGUGAAGUCUACGGCUACCAGUACCCUGCAAUUCCAGCAAGAGAUGAAGUCAACUGUCGACAAAUUACAAGGUCAGAUCAAUCAAGUGUCAGAGGAGGUGAGACAGCAACGUGAAAGAGGAAAGUGGCCUGCUCAACCUGAGCCAAAUCCAGCAAAUGUCAGCGCCAUCACUAUCUACAGUGAUAUGAUGAUUGAAUGUUCCUCCCGGCCUAAUCCAAAGAAUACGAGUGCUAUAACCCUUCGUAGCGGAAAGGAAUUGGAAGGUCCACCUCAUAUCUCAAAGGAACAAAAUGAGGAUCAGAUUAAGAUGGAGAUUGAAAAAGAAACUGAACUUCACGAAAAGGUUGAAGAAACCACAAAAGGCAAACAACAAAAAGAGAUGAUGGAAAUAUUCAAGAAGGUGGAACUUAAUAUCCUGCUCCUGGAAGCUAUCAACCAAAUCCCCAAGUACGCAAAGUUUUUGAAAGAACUGUGCACUAACAAAAGAAAAUUGCGAGGGGACGAGCAUAUUAUAGCGGGUGAGAACGUUUCUGCUGUUAUCAAAAGAAAUGUACCACCUAAAACAAGUGAUCCAUGUAUGGUUUCUAUCCUUUGUAAGAUUGGAAAAACUAAGAUAACUAAGGCUAUGCUAGAUCUAGGAGCUGCUAUUAAUGUCAUGCCUCGAUCAAUAUACGACUCUUUAAAUCUAGGGUCUCUAAAAGAAACAGGAAUUAUUAUUCAACUUGUUGAUCGAACCCAUGCUUAUCCCGAUGGUAUGAUAGAAGAUGUAUUAGUUCAAGUGAAUGAAUUAAUUUUUCCUGUUGAUUUUUAUAUUCUUGAUAUGCACGAUGCACAUUGUUUUAAUCCACCGCCUCUUUUGUUAGGAAGACCUUUUAUGUGCACUGCAGGAACAAAGAUAGAUGUUAAAAAAGGCAUACUCAGCUUGGAGUUUGAUGGAGAAGAAUUUCAUUUCAAUAUUUUUAAUCCCGUCAAAUGUCCUGUUGAAUCUGAAUCGUUAUAUGCAAUUAAUGUUAUUAAUUUUGUGGUGCAGGAAACUUGUGAAGUUGGUAAUGAGAAUAAACGAAGAACUGUGUUGACAAAACAGUUAGAGAAAAGACCAACUGGAGAGAGUAAGAAAGGAAAAAAGAUUGUCGAAAAGUGGAGAUGGAUUCCCAAAGGAUCACCAUUGCUGGCAGCGAAAAAAUGUCAUAAGGAGAAUCAAAAUUCUAAGCCAAAGAAAAAAUGUGUGGCCAAUAGACAUCGCUUCAAAUUAUACCACGAGGGACCCUCACUUGAUCCUAUAAAGUCGGCAUCCGUUGCCGAUUUCGAUGUUCAGAAUUGA